AGGCGAUCUUGCCGUUGCUGCCGUUGGAUGGAAGGCAAGAUCAGCUCUUGCUUCUCUUAUUUUUGUCAUUCGAUUCCGAACGCCCGAUCCGUCAGGACGUGCUUUCCAAUUAGUCAUCGGAGUGUUUGGCGUUUUUUUUGUUCCUUUUCGAACGCGCAUCACACAGUUUUCCCGAGAGUUUAUACCUUACAUUUGAGUUUUAGUCUGUGCAGAGUUUGUGAUGUAUUAAACAUGUUUGAGAAUAAGAUGUUUGUUUCCGGUCAGGUGAACAGUGCACAGUUUGACAUUCCCAAAGCAAUCGAUAUCAGUGUUCCGAUCGUGAAUUUUAGCCACAUGUCACUGCUAACUCCGACCACACCAGGAACGCUUAAAGAUCCUGUUUAUUUCGGGGAAAUGUGUCCCGAGGCAAAGAUGUACUGCGGAGAAAAACCAAAGUGUUCGUUUUCACCGGCUUCCUCAAGUCAUUCAUCGUACGAUUAUAACAAUGCUGAGUUCAGUAAUGAGUUUCCUGAAAUAGUAUGUGGAUCGGAAAAUGUGCGUUAUUCCACAGGCUACGAACAGCAGGUGACCGGUAUGCAGCAGAAAAACGAUGGUCUAUACUUCAAAUUUGAUCCGGAAUACAUCGAAAAGCUGCAAUCAUCGGUAUGUCUCUCUCCAGCGACUACAAUUGCAACGCCACUGACAUCCAACAAUGUAACCAGCUCAGAAUAUUUCAAUUUCAACGAUAUCAAUUGUCAGUCAAAGAACCAGAGUCCCUGUUCGUCACCUUCGUUGGAUCCUUGGAUAACUUCAUCGCUUUCGAUGACUUUCACAAAUCCACAAACACAACAAGAUCCGUCGGGUUCUCCGAAACACAAUAAUAUCGAUUCUCAAUCCACACUCCAACAGUUACCGUCGAUCAAAUCCGCCUUCGGAAACUCCAUUCAGUUUGAUGACAGCUCCAAGAACUUCGAAUUGCAUAAUUCACAAGCAAGUUACAUGAUCGAUUAUUUCGAUACGAGCUUCCUGGAUCAAUUCAGUCAAAAUGUUGACAUCAGCAACAACUCGAACAAAAGUGCCAAUAGUGACGAUGCCUAUCAGCAUCCGGAGGAGAAUUAUAAUAAUUCGGAGCUUGCUGUUAAACCGAACCGAGAGUUCAAGGAUAUCUGGAAACAACAGCAUCAGCAAUCACAGCCUGAACCGGAAAGGCAGCCCGAUGUGAAGCAGGAAGUUCUCGAAGAGGAUGACGAGGAAGAGGAAUCAGCUGAGUCCGAUCAACCGCUGGAGUGCCUCUGGAUGGACUGUAAUCUGAAAUUUCCCGAUCAGGCUAAUUUGGUGGGGCACAUCGAGAAGAAACAUGUCGAGGUGAAAAAAGGUGAAGAGUUUGCCUGCUACUGGCUGGACUGUCCGCGCAGGUACCGACCGUUCAAUGCUCGGUACAAACUGCUGAUCCACAUGCGGGUCCAUUCCGGAGAGAAACCUAACAAGUGUCCGUUCUCCGGUUGCGAAAAAGCAUUCUCUCGGUUGGAAAACCUUAAGAUUCACCAACGCUCACACACCGGGGAACGACCGUACAACUGUCAGUAUUUUGGUUGUACCAAGGCUUUCAGUAACAGCUCGGAUCGUGCCAAGCACCAGCGAACCCAUUACGAUACGAAACCGUACGCUUGUCAACUUCCCGGAUGUACCAAGCGCUACACGGAUCCGUCCAGUCUUCGGAAACAUGUGAAGAACCACGCUUGUCGUUCUGAGGGACAAAUCCGUCGUAAAUCUCACAAAGAGCAUACCGUUAACUCGUCAGUGUCCAGCAGCACGAUAAACUCACUUCGAAGACACUCGGAAUCUUCCGUCAGCGCCCACUAUGAUCCACCGCAGACACCCUCCACGGACACGGCUGACAAUGUGUUCGAAUUCGACGACGUGUUCGAGGACACCUCUGGAUUAAUGCAAUCCGGAAAUGAAAUGUGCACAUCGGGGAACAAAAUGAACACAACCGAAAUCUCUAGUUGUUACGUUCAAAUGUUGCCACCGGACGGAGUACCGAGCCAAAACGGGCAGUUGUCAAUUGUUGCCUGUCAAGAUGAAUACAUUUCAUACGAAUGUGUGAAAAACUUCCUGGCCGAUGGAGAGUAUUUGGAGGCGUAUCCAAUGGAAGAAGAAGGUCUGGUGAGUUCGGGAAUGGAGAACUCUACCAAAAUGAUCCCUUCUUUCCAGUAUGAUUUUUUUCAAUAGUGUCAUUCGAACGACUGAUGAAAGCAAUUUAACCUUAAGCCAAAGAUUUAGUUUCUAGGAGAAAAAUACACUAGACCAUUGUAAGAUAUACUUAGUGUCAAAGAGAAUCCCGUACUUAAAUGAGGAGCUUUAAAAGAUGUUUUGUGUUUUUUCCCAAAACUUUAAGUUUUCCGAUUUGCUUUAUUUAGUUGUAAGUCAAAAACCAAUCGAAACCUGAAUCAAUCCAAAGGACAUUGCCAAAUCGAUGUAGUCGCUUCCAGUAGUUUCAUAUCUACAUUUAUAGGUUUUAUUCAACUUAGGUAAGGAUUUCUACGUAUACCAAAAUUACACUGUUAUGAAAUUGUUAGAAAUUUUAUUCGAUGAUCGAACAUCGAACAUCUAAUGCAAGCAAAAGACAUGUUCUUAAUUUGUAUAGAGAUUACGUUCAGAAAAGCAUUUGUGAUCAUGUUGGUGUUUCGUUUCGGACUAGGGUUGUCUUCCUGUGGUUCUUUCUAAAGUUGCUGUAUAUUUGCAGGAAAAAACCACAGAAAUGCGGGACCGAGAAUAUUAUGAUACUCUGUAUAUAUUUUUGCAGACCUUAGAAACUUCCCAAAGAUUGUUGGAUCUCUUUUAUGUAUAGACAUGUAAGCGGAACGAACG